ACGCCGACGUCUCCUCGGCUCGCUGACAUCGCUGUGUGGGCGGGGCGCGCGCGCGCGAGGCGUCGAGCGACCCCGCGUGCGUCCACGUCGUCCUCGCGAGAGGGACGGGGCCCGCUCCGAACUGCACGUGGAAGGGGGCGACCGGCGACGUCACGCCCGCGAGCGGCCACCCGGCCUCCGCCUCCGCCUCCUUAAAUACGCGCCGCGCCGAGCUCUCUGCUAACCGCUCCGCCCACCAACCUCGACUGGACUGGAAGCGUUUACCUCUCAGGCGUCGCCGCGGCGCAGGUGGACGGAAGCAAGAGGGCGAGAGCGAGCCGGUGCGGCAGCGGCAGGACGGAGUGAGGAGGCGGGAGGAUUGAGCAGGAGGCGACGGCGCGCGGCUAGACGCGAGCGCGGCGGGAGGGGGAGACGAUGGGGCGCGGCGGCGGGAGCGGCGGGGUCGCCUGCGCGGGCGCGGCGGGGCGCCGCUGCGACUGCGAGCUCUGCGGCGCGCCCGCGGCCGUGCACUGCGCGGCGGACGCGGCGUUCCUCUGCGCCGCGUGCGACGCCAAGGUGCACGGGGCCAACUUCCUCGCGUCGCGGCACCGCCGCACGCGCCUCCUCCCCCUCCCCCCGGUGACGGCGGAGGAAGAAGACGGGCAGGACGACGACGAGGGGUACGCGUCCGCGGCCGACUCGGCGCCCACGGCGCCGCGGCGGGCGCGGGCCGGGAGGCCGCCGAGGAGGGGCGCGGCCACGGGGCGCGCCGAGGCGGUGCUCGAGGCGUGGGCCAAGCGGAUGGGCCUCGCGCCGGGGGCGGCGCGCCGGCGCGCCGCGGCGGCCUGGCGCGCGCUCCGCGCCCGCGGGGCCGACGCCGCGGCCGCGCGCGUCCCCCCGCGCGUCGCCAUGGCAGCCGCGCUCUGGUGGGAGGUGGCGGCGGGAGGCGGCCACCAAGACGCGCUGCGGCGGCUGGAGGCGUGCGCGCACGUGCCGGCGCGGCUGGUGGUGGCCGUGGCCACGUCCCUCCUGGCGCGCGCCCGCGCCCGCAGGCGGGCCGCAGUGGAGGAGGGCUGGGACGAGUGCGCGUGGGCCGGGCCCAAGUACAGUCCGGCCCGCUCCUGAUCUCCCUUUCUUUCUUGUGCUGUGUGCUUGCUCGAGCAUGACUGAUGAGAAGCAAAUUUCUCACUUGUAUACCUUGUUUGUUACCGUUUGCCUUACUCCGCGCUAAGCAAACCUAAAUCUCGUGGUUAGGAGUUGUUUGCUUGGGAGCAGAUUGUGGCUCAAGUAGGGACAAUGUUUGCCGAAAUUGCAAUGAUUCGCAGUGUAUACUUUUAGAAGAAAAAAAACAACUCUAUGAUUCAUAUGUGUGUUGCAAUUGGCAAACUUGACAAGUUUCUUUAUAUAUAUUA